GGAGCGACAAAAAGACUGGCCAUGAGAAGGGGGAGUGGGGAAUUGGCGGAGGGCGAGAAGGUGGACCACGGAAGGAAGGGAGGGGAAGUUGGCGAUGAGGAAGAAGAAGGCGGGUAGGGCAAGGGGAAUGACGAUGGUGAACGUGAAAAGGCGGAGUGGAGACGAGGCAGAGGGCAAGAAGGCGCAGUCGAGGAAGGUGGAGAAGAGGAAAGGCGGAGGGGGAGGAGGCAGAGGGGGGACAACGGCGAUGGGGGAGAGCGGACGGGCGGGAAGGCGGGGAGGGGAAAAAGGCGGAAGGGAAGAAAGGGGGGAGAGGGGAGCAGUCUUGGAAAAGCUUAGAGAGGCUAACUUCAAGAUCAACGCGAAGAAGUGCGAGUGGGCCAAGACGCAAGUUUUAUACUUGGGCCACGUAUUAGACGGAGAUGGCAUCAAGCCAGAGGACAGCACGAUCGCGGCGAUUAGAGAUUGGCCGACGCCCCGCACAUUGACAGAGUUGCGGUCGUUCCUAGGCUUAGCUAACUACUAUAGGAAGUUCGUGAGGAACUUCUCCACUAUCGCCGCUCCCUUGCGCCGAUUGCAGAAGAAAGAGGCAAUCUGGCAAUGGGACAAAGACUGUACGUCUGCGCUCAAGAAGCUAAAGCGCGCGUUAAUAGAGUAUCCUGUCCUCAAAGUUGCAGAUCCGUCUUUGCCAUUUGUCGUCACCACGGACGCGAGUCAGUAUGGGAUAGGCGCCGUGUUGCAGCAAGACGACGGCAAUGGCUAUAGACCCGUAGAGUUUAUGUCAACGAGGAUGCCCUGUGAAAAGGUUGCUGCCUCCACGUACGAGAGAGAAAUCUAUGCUCUCAGGCAGGCUUUAGAUCAUUGGAAGCAUUACCUGCUUGGGAGGCACUUCAAAGUGUAUUCGGACCACAAAACGCUUAGAUGGUUAGAGACUCAGGCCAAGAUGACACCUAAGUUGACUAGGUGGGCCGCAGAGAUAGACCAAUUCGACUUUGAGCUCAAGCCAGUGAAGGGCAAGUACAACGUAGUUGCGGAUGCUCGAAGUAGGAGAUCAGACUACUUUGGAGCUGUAGUACACUAUCUGGAUAUAGGGAGAGACCUGCAGGAGAAACUGGUGCUUUCUGACGCUUUGAAGCGUUGGAUCGAAGUCAUUGAGCAGUAUGACUUUGACCCUCAGUAUCUGAAAGGGGAGUACAACAAGGUUGCGGAUGCCUUGUCACGUAGACCUGAUUUCUCAGGACAAACACUCCUGAACAUACAGAGAAACUUAGGUGACCCUGCAGAUUUGAAAGGCUGGAUUGGAGAUCCCUGUGAGGACAACUGGGAGGGAAUCACUUGUGAUGGAUUGACUACCAUUACAGAAGUGAGUUUACCCAGCCGUCAGUUAAACGGGACAUUGCCGGAUUUGUCUGCCCUUCCGAACCUGACAAUUCUCGCGUAUUGGACAUGGGAUGCGACGCCGGUUCGCUUGCUGCUGCAUACGGACCUGAGCCUUUUGCAUGUUUGCACGGGCUUUGACCAGCAGUUCCCUGUACUUCCUUGUAGAAGUGGGGGAGCAAGCGACGUCGAUAUCGGCUGCCCGUGGAAGCAAAAUGUCUGCGGAGAUACGUCCUUUCCGUCCACCGUGAUGCAACUCGAAUGGAGUCACGCCAAUCGCCGGGUGCACCGAAAUGUUGUUGGCGAACUCGAUGUCGGGAAGGCGGUCAACCCUGUCCCGCUGAUCCGGGCGAACGAGUGUGCGGAGCAUCAUCUGCGUAGUCUUGUGCGCACGUUCCGUUUGCCCAUUCGUUUGAGGAUGCCGUGCGGAACUCGGUUUCAUACUGGUGUCGGAUUCCACCAUGAGUGUCGUCCAAAAGGCCGACAUGAAACGAGUGUCGCGGUCGCUGACGAUGUCUUUCGGAACGCCGUGGCUGCAAAACCAGCCGGUAUGCAAAAGUCGUGCGAGCUCGGGAGCCGUCGCAUGAUACUUGCAUGGAAGAAAUCGAGCGUACUUGCUCAAACGGUCAACGACCUUGAGAAUACCGUCAUGGCCAAGGCGAUCGUGAGGGAAAGGGCCGGUCACAUCCAUAGCAAUGGAGAGACCCGGUUCCCGAGGAAUCGGCAAUGGUUUCAGUUCGCCGUACGGGAGCUGACGACGCCCUUUGUUCCGGUGGCAAACUGCACAUGACUGAAUGUACCGGUUGACGUCCCUGAUGAUGUCCGGCCAAUGAAAUCGCCGGUGGAGU